CAAAAUAGAAAGCCUGAUAAAAACCCCUUAAAAAAGUAUUUAAAAAACAGCUGGAGCCUAACCUCUGCUUGGAGAGUACCUUCAGAGGCCUGUCACUGACACAAGAGGAAUGACACAUGGCAGUGUUUUAAUAGUCUUUUUAUAAAAGUUUUGUUUCCCUCAAUCUAUUCAUUCUAAAAAGAUAAUAAUCAGCCUGCAGGAUACUCUCCUGGCACCUUUCUCUACCCGACUAUUUUAGAAUAGAAGUUAAGAAAGGAAAAUAACCAUGUGGCAUAUAGAGAUGUGUAGAAAUUUUUGUUUCCUACAAUGAGAAAUUGUAUUUUUGGAAGUUGAGAAUUUGGUCAAUCAAAGACUGUAGUUAACUGCUUUUGUAUCACUAUUUCUUUCAGUUAGGAUUUUCAUCAUUUCUGUAUCAUCACAUCCUGUGUUUUCUUUUGUUUUCUAGCAUUGCAGGAACUGCCCUGUCCAGAAAGUAAGACAAGUCUUCAAGGCUAGCCAUAUGAUGGACAUGAAGUAGAGAUGACAACUGAGAAACAUUUGACAAGAGACUUUGAUAAUAAUGAAAUUACAGCUGGUAACCAAGUUUUGACAAUGUGACAUGAUGCAAGACAAAAAUACUAAAUAUGUUGUUGGAAGUCUAAAAAAGUUUGACAAUGUCACACAGAAAUUCUAUCAGCUCAGUAGUGGUUACCUUCAGGGCAGCCCACCAAGUCUGGACCAGGGUAACAACCUGUUCACCCCCAUGCUGCCAUUGGCACAUCCCAUCCACCGCCAGACAUAUUCACAGUGGAAGUAUUCCAUGUUUGUCAACACUCUGUUCCGUAGGAAGAGGGGAAGGAACCUGUACCUACUCCCCAUUGGCCCAUUUCCUGCAGACAUAACUGAGACUGAGGUGGCUGGACUCAGACUUUGGGACUUUCUUAAAGGCUUUGCUGCUGCCUUCUUUUACGGACUUGAUGUACAUGUGCUACCAGAAAUUUCACUGGAAAACAUAGACUGCACUAAACGGGUACAUAAAAACACCAAUCAGAAGCAAGUUUUGGUUGGGGACCUUUUCCCUUAUUUACAAAAGAUGUGCCCUCCCGAUGGAUAUUCUGUUGUCGGGAUAUCCUGGACGGACUUGUACCCUUCAGAAGAGUUGAACUUUGUGCUCGGGGAAGCGUCGUUUGUUCAGCACAGCGCGGUGAUCAGCUUUGGACAGUUCGAACCAAAGCUGUACAAGGAUGGGCUGAGAGUGAGGGAAUGUGGGAGUGAAGGGGAGGAUGAGAGAGCAAUCAUGUUACUGAAACUCACCAAGUCCCUGUGCCAUGAGAGCUGUCACCUGAUGGGGCUGUCCCACUGUGUCUUCUUCCAGUGCCUGAUGAACGAGAGCUCCUCUAUGGAACAGGCCUUCAAGCAGCCCUUGUUCCUAUGUCCAGUGUGCCUGAGGAAACUCCAAAAGAUGUGCAAAUUUGACAUCAGGGAGAGAUACCACAUGUUGAGAGAAAUGCUAAUCAAGUGUUGUCAGGCCGUGGAGUCUCAGUAUUUUGCUGAUUCUGCAGAAUGGCUUGAUAGGUGUUUAUCAUUUUUAGAUUAACAUGAUGAUGAGGCAGAAAGAAGCAGAUUAGGUGGAAUUUUCCAUUUUCUAUAUUUACAAAUAUCUUAGUCUAUUUCUUAAUCAACAAAGUUAAUAACUCUUACAUGUGAUAGAUGUUAGCAAACAUUAAAUGUCACUUUUUUAUUUUGACAUUCUUUGUAGUCGUUUACUUAAUUUUGUUGGACUACACAUAUUCUGUUCUGUUGGGCGUUUGAGUAAAUGUUUUGAGUGGUUAAGCAUGUAGCUGCCUGUACCUGACACCUUAUACUUGUCCUGAUCACGAAACUACAAACACUUUGUUAACACAGUAAACUUAGUCAUAGUUACCCGUCUACCAGCAAGUCAGAAUUGGACUCAUGUGCCACCUGCGAGUGCACAACAGUUGAGAGGAGGAUGCACACAGAAGUCAUUGUCGAGCAUGUCGAUGGACAACCAAGACCAGCAAAUCAAGCAUGGC